GCUCUUGGUCCUCCUCCGCCUGACGUCAGCGCGCACGGCGGGGGCUGCCGGGGCGGACCCCGUCGCUCUCGUUGCGCUGCAUCCCCAUGAUCCGGUGGCGGCUGCGCGGAGCCAUCGCGCGGGCGGCGGCUGUUUGUCCUCAGUGCCAGCUGUGUCAUCUCCCUAGACUUGAGGACCUUGAUCAGAUAGCUGUGCUGCUGCCUUGCUGCUCAACUCCAGCCUGCUGUGGUUUGGUGAUACGUGCUGGUUAGGCUGGAUCCAAAACAGUUCUAGGAGUAAGCCGGUGGAGAUCCCCAGCAAAAGAGAAGGGACGCAUUUGGAGGGAGGCGAGAGGAAGCACCUGCAAGUUUCUUGACUUAUUUUUAGCCUGUUUCCCAAAGAAGUGAGAUGUUGUGAUAGCAAUCAAUCUCCUGCAAACUCCCCUUGAGGCCUCUCCCUGAGAGAGGGAAGCAGCUGUGACUAUACAUGUAUCAGUAAGGACUAGCUAGCGUUGCCCAGCACAUGUGGAUGUCCCAUGAUGUUUCUACAUGCCACCAAGGCACAGCCAUGCAGGGACCAAGACCAGUGGUUCUGAGUGGCCCAUCAGGUGCGGGGAAGAGCACUUUGUUAAAGAAAUUGCUUAAAGAUUAUGAGAACAUCUUCGGCUUUAGCGUCUCCCAUACCACAAGGAAGCCAAGACCUGGAGAAGUAAAUGGCAAAGAUUACCACUUUGUGACGAGAGAGGAAAUGCAGAAAGAAAUUGAUGCUGGUGAAUUCAUUGAGCACGCAGAGUUCUCUGGAAAUAUGUAUGGAACAAGUAAAGGUGCGGUGCAGGCUGUUCAGGCCCAGAACCAGAUCUGUGUCCUUGACAUUGACAUCCAGGGUGUGAAGAACAUCAAGAAGACAGACCUGAACCCCAUCUACAUCUCUGUGCAGCCUCCGUCCAUAGACAUCUUGGAAAAAAGACUACGUGACCGACAGACUGAGACGGAAGAAGGUUUACUGAAGCGUUUGACUGCAGCCCGCGUAGAUUUGGAGCUUAGUAAAGAGCCUGGCCUGUUCGACGUGGUCAUUAUUAACGAUGAUUUAGAAAAAGCCUAUUCCGAGUUGAAGGAGACACUCCUGGAGGAAAUCAAGAAGACCCAAGAAUCCAGGAAGUCCUGAGCUGAGCCUGCUUGGAUGUUUUAUCUUUGCACAUCAUUCCCGAAGCACCUGAUGCCCAUUUCAUUACGAGAGACAUUCCCUUUAGACUGAUCCUCCUCCCGAGUUACUCUAGGAUGUUUCUAUUAAAAGGAAAGAAAAUGAAACCUG